AUGGGUCUCUUCGGCGGCAGCUACCCUACCUCUCCUGUCAGCAAAGCGGGGACAUUGCAUGCCCUCGGUACCAAGGAUGCCAAAACAUACGACUACAUUAUCGUUGGCGGUGGAACCGCUGGAUGCUGUUUGGCUUCGCGUCUCAGCGAAGAUCCUAACGUGUCCGUGCUUCUUCUUGAGCGUGGGCCGUUGCACGACGCUUUCAUCGCUCGGGUUCCUCUAAUUUCCAGCGACCACGCCAACUCGGCGACCCCAAUCGUCAAAACGGACUGCACUCCUCUCGCUCAUGCUCAACAGAAAACGCUUCAAAUUGCCCAGGGUGAAGCACUCGGAGGUGGUAGCAGUGUCAACGCCAUGCUUUAUACGCGAGGUGCAACUGGCGACUUCGAUCGAUGGGCUGAACUUGGGUUCCCUUCUUGGGACUACAAGUCAAUGGAGCCCUAUGUUCUCAAGUCGGAAAAUACCCUGACCCACAAAGCACCUUGGCAUGGAGCUUCAGGCCCAUUUGUCAACCAGAAAACCUACCUUCCAUUCAAGAGCCACGAAAACGUCCUCAAAGCAGCCGCUUCCAUGGGAUAUGUCGAUGUUGCCGAUUUCAACUCACCCUCAACGCCCGUUGAUGUUUGUGCUGUACUCGACACGGCCAUUGACACGGGUUCUCAUCGUGUUUCGGCAUUCACGGCGUAUCUUCCUGCCAAUCUAGCGACGGCUCGGCGCAGUAGAUUGACCAUAUGUCCUCGAGCGCUUGCUAGUCGUAUCGAGCUCGCAAACGGGGUUGCUGCUGGUGUCGUCUUUGAGUCGAGCAAUGGCUCUGUCGCCGGUCAAUUUUACGCGCGAUGCCGCAAAGAAGUUAUUGUUGCAUGCGGUGCUAUCGCGUCUCCUCAGUUACUUCUCUUAAGUGGUAUCGGGCCUCGUGAACAUGUCGAAUCACACAACAUAGACUGUGUGGUCGAUCUGGCUGGAGUCGGCUCGGAGUUGCAAGAUCACGUGGGCGUGCCCAUCAUGUACGAAGUCCCGCUCGCGGACUCGCUCCAGCACAUGGCAGUCAGCGUUUGGCGAGCUCGUCCUUCCAAUCGCAAAUUCCAUCCAGCCCAUAAGCUUAAGCUAAGCUUCGGCUGCGCAUUUUAA